CAAAAAUUUUCUUAUGUGAUCAUAAUAGAUUUCGAAGCUACUUGUUGGAAAGAUAACUCUUCAAGAUAUAGUAGCGAAAUCAUUGAAUUCCCGGCUGUAUUGCUAAACGUCUUAACGCAGCAGAUAGAAGCUGUUUUUCAUCAAUAUGUCCAGCCGACUAUCAACCCAAAACUGAGUGAAUUUUGUAAAACUCUAACCGGAAUUACUCAGAAACAAGUAGAUGAUGGAAUACCGCUGGCUACUUGUUUAGUAUCCUUUCGUAAGUGGCUGGAUGAAAUAAUAAAAAAUAAGAACAUACGUCUGUUUAACAAAAAUUGCCGCGAUGCUGGUCACAAAAACUAUUAUAACUGUAUUUUCGUGACAUGGUCAGAUUGGGACAUCGGUGUAUGUCUUUAUUAUGAAUGUAAGAAAAAGCAAAUUAAACUACCGACUGAAUUUUACCAGUGGAUAGAUCUGAGAGCUUUAUACAAGAGGUUUUAUGGUAAGAAGCCGACAGGAUUAAAUGGCAGUAUGGAGAGUGUAGGUUUAAAGUUUAUAGGUCGAGAACAUUCAGGACUAGAUGAUUCUAAGAAUACAGCAAGAUUAUGCUCAAAAAUGGUCCACGAUGGAUGCGUAUUAGAUGUAACCAAGAGGAUAGCACUACCUCCAGUUAGUAGGAUAAUUCUAGACUUAGAAGUGAUCCUCCAAUGA